GCUCGGAGUUUUUAGAGCAAAGCUUCAUUGGAACGCCAUGGCUAUGCAAAAUCCAUGGCCAUGCGAGGGCAUCCAUUGGGCGGAUCCAGUACUCAACAGCUGGAAACUCCGCAUGGAAGGUUUGUCUUCAAGCGCUCUGCACAACUUGGAGAAGGAUGUGCAGCGAAAGUGUACGAGGGGCGGGACCUCGAGUCCGGCCAGUUUGUGGCGGUCAAGGUGUACAAAGACAUUGGAAGGACAAGCUUGCAUUGCUUUCACAAUGCCAUUCAAGUUGGUAAGUUGCUGAAUGGCAAGAGUGGGAAGAGAUUGCAAGACCGCACUGACAGAGGUCUUUUUGUGGAAGUUGUGGCACAUUCUGCGAACCAUGGUGUUCCUGGCCCCGACUUGGGUUUUCUUUUCCACAUUUUGGAGCUUGGUGGACCGUCAUUGGAAGAUGUUCUGGCUACAAGGUACCGCGAUGCAUCAGCGCUCUCGAUGGCAGAACUUCGCGACUUACAUUGGUCCCUAUUCUCGAUGGCCUAUAAGCUGGAAUCUCUGAAUCUCGUUCACCUCGACAUCAAGCCAUCGAAUAUUGUGAGCUUCCCACAGUCAGGAAACCCACAAUGGAAGCUGGUCGACUUGGAUUGCGUGGUACCAGCUGGAGCCGCUCGAUGUGUUGUCACGAAGUUUGGGGAUAUUACUUUUACGCCAGCAUACAUUGCGCCCGAGCUUGCUCGAGCAUACCUACGAGCAGGACCAGGCCAAGCCAAGCAUUGCCCAGUCAUUUUGACUCCCGCAAUGGAUAUAUGGAGUGCCGGGAUUUGUGCGCUGGAAGCUGUGGUUCUAGCUUCUCUCCUCACGGACCAGUACAUAAAGCUUCAAAAAGAGACGGGGAGCGAUCACGAGUUUCUGAAAUGGCUGGGGGAUGUGGAUGAACAACUGUUCUCCAGUGGCGUGAUCGAGUCCCUUCGAACCGUGGAUGCUGACAUGGCACGCCUUUUGGUGGGCACCUUGACCAAGGACAAUACCAGGAGGCUGAAUGCAAAGGAUUGCUUGAUGCACCAGUGGCUCAGGCCCAUCAGCGAGGCAAUGCGCCAGAAAGCAUCGUCGUCUAGGUCUUUGAUGGCUCCUACCAGGUCGCAGUUGCACAUGCUGGAAAGGAAGAGUGACACAACUUCAUGUAAACAAAGCACUGCUACCGACGAGCCUGUGGUCAAGCCCAUCAAGCUGAACAAGCCAUUGAAGCAGUCAACCAAUGAACAAAGUCCCGACGUGGCCAAGUGGACAUCAUCAACAUGCGAGACCAUGUGAGCAGAAGUCCUUUCUUUCAACUUUUCAGGCAGCAAAAAUUUCGUGGCUUGCAGCGGCCAAGCUGACUGGAGUGCUGCCAAAGAAGGAAAA